UCUAUUCAAAAUUUUCACUUUGUCCCGCUCUAAAACCCCACAAGCGCCCUUCUUCGUCCUCAGCUCCCCAAAAUGCCUGCCGCCGUCUCAUUCUAGGGUUUCCAAAAACAGCAAAAAGAGGAAACCAUGAACAAAGAAAAUCUCCCUCCUGAUCCCCAAUCGCCGAUCAUCACCGGCGACCGGCGCUUCAGAAUCUCCCACAACUUUCCCGUCACCAAACCCCACCUCGACCGCAAGCGCCCCUUCGAUUUCAAUUCCCCUCUUCCUCUCUCGAAAUGCGUUAACGCAAACGGAUCGUGCCCGCGUACCCCGCUGUUGGCGAUCGCUAGCCCUAACCCUAAGGAUAUGGAGGUCUCUCCUGCGAGCAUUCUUGAUGAGGAGCUGGAUGAUGCUUUCUUGAGAGAAGUGGAUGUCGUUUGCGAGCGAUCUGCGAUCAAGAAAGAGAAGCCGGUCCCUGAAAGCUCGGCGGAGGAUGAAAAGAGUUCUGUGGUUCGAGAUUCUUACGAUGAGAACCGGGGUGAUUCUCUGCCUAGAAAGUAUUAUGAGUACUUGGAGAAAUUGAAUGACGCACAAAAGGAGGCGGCUUGUUGCGACAUUUCGGUUCCUUUGGUGAUUGUGGCUGGCCCUGGGAGUGGAAAGACCUCGACUAUGGUUGGGCGUAUGCUAACUCUGAUGAAAGAGGGUAUUGGACCUGCAAACAUCCUUGCCAUGACUUUCACCACUGCGGCGGCAUCUGAGAUGAGAGACCGGGUUGCGUUGGUGGUAGGAAAGGCGACCGCGAAAGAAUUGGUUAUAAGCACGUUCCACUCAUUUUGUCUGCAACUCUGUCGAUCUCAUGCUGAGAAGUUGGAUCGCACUCCAGAGUUUCAAAUAUAUGGUCAUGGACAGCAGAGAAAGGCUGUCAUAGAAGCACUGCGCCUAAUGGAAGAUGGAAGAAAGGAAAGACAAGAACCAGGAAUUGAAGCUGAUGACUCUUGCAGUGGGGACUUGGCACACUCAUUUAAAGAUAAGUCUAAAAAGUGGCAGAAGUUCGUGACACAGGCUAAGGCUUCUGGAAAAACACCAGAAGAUUUCUUAAAGAUGGGUGAUCGGACAGGAGCUGAGCUUCUUGGGCACUACACUAGCAUACUUAAAUCAUGCAAUGCUCUGGAUUACCACGACUUUAUCAGCUCUUCAGCAAAGUUACUAACCGAUUUCCCUGAAGUUUAUAAGGAGUGCUUGCACAAGUGGAAGGCCAUUGUGGUGGAUGAGUUUCAGGACACAAGUUCCAUGCAAUAUCGUCUUUUAAAGAUUCUUGCUUCUCAUAAUCAUAUAACAAUUGUUGGUGACGAGGAUCAGUCUAUAUUCAGUUUCAACGGUGCCAAUGCUUGUGGAUUUGAUUCAUUUCGUAGAGAUUUUCCUACUCACAAGGAGAUAAAAUUGAAGAAGAACUAUCGUUCCACCCGAUGUAUUGUUGAGGCAGCGUCAUCUCUUAUUCACCACAAUGUCAAAAGAUGCCAACAUAAGCAAGUUGAGACUGAUAACUCUGAUGGCUGUAAAAUUCUUGUUAAAGAAUGCCGUACUGAAGAUGCUCAAUGUGCAUUUGUCAUUGACAAAAUCUUAGAAAUUACAUCUGAUUGUUCAGUUGACAAGUGCUCCUUUAGCAAUGUUGCAAUCCUCUACAGGAGGCAGAUAUCUGGUAGAGCUUUCCAGAUGUCCUUCCGUGACAGAAAAAUUCCCUUUAACAUUCAUGGUGUGGCUUUCUAUAGGAAAAAGGUAAUCAAGGCCAUUAUGGCAAUGCUUAAAACAACAUUGCCUGGCUGUGAAGAUAGUUCUUUUCGUCAAGCUUUCAAAGCCCUUCUGCCAGGUGAUAAAGAAGAAAAGAAGAAGGUUAUUGACUAUGUCGAAAAGGUAUCUACUAUCAGGAAAUGUAGCUUUGUGUCAGUUGCCACUGACAUAUUUGGCGCAAAGGUCUCGGGAACGUUUAAAAGGACUCAGCUUACUCAGGGGCGUAAAGUUUUAUCCACAUUAGACAUGCUAUCAAAGCUUGUAAAAAGAGAGCGAUCAAUCUCAGUUGUCAUCUCUUCUGCUGCAAACAUGUUGCCUCAGAAAUAUCUUCUUGAACAACGAGCUGUAAUUGAUGCUGAAGGUGGAAAGUUGUUGAAUGAAGACAAUGAUCUAAGAUCUGUCCUUCAAUACUUGUUGGAAGAUGUAUCGGACUUUUUAUCCACUUAUUUCACCAAUACUAAGGGCAUAGAAGAAAGGAAAAAAGAAGAGAUGGGUUGCUUGGAUAUACUCAAGGCCUUCAUUGACUAUAUAUCUUUGAGGGAAACUGAGAAUUUUAGGUCUAGGAGGCAUGAUAAUCAGAACUCUGUUACCUUGACCACAAUUCAUCAGUCUAAGGGGUUGGAGUGGGAUACAGUUUUUAUUGUCAAGGCAAAUGACUCAGAAAUCCCUUUGCUGCAUGAGCAUAAUGGUGUUGUGAAAGAAAGUGGGACAACCCUCGAGGAGGAGCGCAGGUUGCUAUACGUUGCAAUGACCCGUGCACGGAAAAAGUUGUACGUCUUAUAUGUUACUGUAGACUCUAACUGGCAGUUGCUACAGCCUUCUCGUUUUCUAAAGGAAAUCCCUAGUCAUCUUAUUGAAUUCCAGGGUGAGACAACUGUGAAUGGACAUGGGAGCCUACGUGAGGAAAAGGUAAACAUCCUUCUUGACACAUCAGGGCAUGAAUCAUCUCCUAAAGAAGCUCAGAAGCAUAGCAUUGAAGAGACUAAGAACAUUUCUAGUGGCCACGAUGAACUAGGACUGGUUGAUCUAUCAAUGGGGAACAAUUUUUUAAAAAGGUUCAAUGUUGAGGAGAGGUCAGUCAUUUCUCAUCUAUUCCAUCAAUGGGCAAAGAAGCCAGCCUUUCAACAUCAAAAACGGUUACUUGAUAAAAUAACCUUCGUAAUCGAUGAGCGUUUAAGGAACAAAACUUACAAGUACAAGGAUGUGUUGCGAGUCCUCAGAUCCUAUUUGGCUGAUGAUGAAGCCUCUCAAUAUGCCCAAUAUGUAUUAAGAUGGGAGCAGCUUCCAGUAGACACACGUGCUCAUUUGAUGAGAGAAAAACAGGAACAUUUCCAAAAACAAAGAAUUGAAAACUCAAUGGGAUCAUCUGAAGCUACGCCUAAGCAGAUUGCCUACCUACAGAAAUUGGGGUGCACCAUCACUCCAACCUCACGUCUUCAUGCUUCGCGCUUGAUCGAACAAUACAAGUCUUUGUGAAAUCCAUAGUACCGAGCAUCCAGCAAUCCGUGCGCUAGCGAAAUGUAUCUAUGUUCAUGAUGUAUGGGAUUGUUAAUAUAUGUAGCUAAUUUAUAGGGCAAGAUUCGCCAAUGUUCAUUUAUAUAAAUAACGAAAUGUUAAAGAUCUAGUAUUAGACUGUUUAGAAUCAAAUAUCUGUGUUUAUUCAUUGGAUAAUCAACUUACGUUGGCUGUCAGCUAAAUCUCACUGCAAAUUUCUGGAAGGUCAACUAGUGUCUACAUCAGGUUGCAUAAGAUCAAGUGUAUACCUUUGUUCUUUCUUAUGCGCAAUAAUGUUGAUAGUCACUUAGGAUGAAGAAAAUAUCAGCGAGUUCAAUU